UAUUGAGGGAGACAUGUGAAAGACGUAGUGAACGGAUUUUCAAAUUCUGUCGCUUCAUGAUUCUGGGUGAAAACUGUGGAGUCGAUUCAGUAUUCUCGUUCGACUCCUACUGAGAGUCAGAGCCCUACUAAGAUCUAGUAAUGAGUGUAUCGUUUGGAGAGAUUAGGUUCUUCAGCUCGAGAUAAUAGUGACGAUUAAGUACAAUUUACACCCGAAUAAAAAUGGCUACAGCGAAACAAGAGGAAGAGCGAAGAACUAAAACGAACAUUAAGGGACGGAACGGGGAUGUGGACGUGUCAAGGACGGAAUACUGUAAUAAGCUGCGGGAGUGGAUGUGGCAUUACUACUGCGGCUAUGCGAGCUGGCAGAGCUGGAUGUGCGUGUCGACGCUACCGUUAUCUCCUCCGUGGCUUCCACCGCAGCCUGGCAGCCAAGCAGCUAACAUCCCUCCUUAUCCACCCGCCCCGACAUCCGCGGACAUCUCUAACUGGUAUAUUCAGCUCACCAGUCCGCCUCAGAUGAAUGCCACAGCGGCUUCUCAGGCCGGGAAUUCAUCGACAUCAACACCACCGGCAGCAGCUGCAAGUCCGGCGCAGGCGAAUGGAAACCCACCUCAGCAAGCAGGUAGAGAGUACACCAUUCCCUCACCUUUACACAGGUUUCUAGCUGAAAUGGUGGAUUUCUUUAUCCUCUUCUGCGUUAAAGCGACAAUAGUUUUGUGGAUCAUGCACCUAAGUGGAAUGAAGGACAUUUCUAAAGUCAUCAUGCAGUUUGUAGUGGAGGAGAUCGAUGAGAACACAUCCCUGGAGGACCUGCAGAAGAUGAUGGUGGUGGCUCUGGUGUACAGGGUUUUAGUUUGUUUCUAUGAGAUUAUCUGUAUUUGGGGAGCAGGAGGUGCCACACCUGGGAAGUUCCUGCUCGGAUUGCGUGUCGUCACCUGUGACUCUACAGUUUUGGUACGACCCAACCGCGUCCUCGUGACCCCAGCAUCUAACGUCACCCUGUCAGCAUCCACUGUACGGGCCUUGAAUAAGAACCUAUCCAUCGCAUUCCUCUUUCCGGUCUUCAUCACAUUGCUCUUUUUUCAGCACAACAGGACUGUGUAUGACAUUGUGGCAGGAACCAUCGUUGUCCGGCGUAGGGGGGCCAGAUGACAGGUUUAGAGAGGGACUGAAUGUAACACAGUAUUACUGAAGCCUAAAGGUUAUAGCCAUAGGAGGUCAGACCUGUUUUCUGUCUAAUUUUAAAUAUUGUUAAGUUAUUUGAAUUAUAGGUUUGUUAGUUGAAUUUUAGUUGUUAAACAUGUUGCUUGUUAAUACACUCCAACCAAAAAUCAGGAAUUUAACUAGUGGUACAACAGACUCCUGUAAAAACACUUGGAAUUACAGCUGUCUGUAGCUGAUUUUAUAGAUUUGUAGAUUUACAAGCUGCCUUACUAGAUUAUGUACAAGCAAGUCAGAGAAAGCUGACUGAUUCGAUAAAUGUGUUAAAUCUACUAAUAUUUCACAAAUCAGCAUUACAGCAGAGAGCAUGAAUUACUCCAGUGAGAGACACAGCUAUGAGUACACGUAAUGUAGAGCUGAGGCAUGAUGGAGGACUCUAGGACAACAGGAAAGCUUUAAAUAAUCAGCCAAUUUCAAAAUACACUGCAGCAGGUAACAAAGUAGGACAUACACCAAUCAGGUAUAACAUUAUGAGCAGUGAGAGGUGAAGUGAAUAACACUGAUUAUCUCCUCAUCAUGGCACCAGUUAGUGGGUGGGAUAUAUUAGGCAGCAAGUGAACAUUUUGUCCUCAAAGUUGAUGUGUUAGAAGCAGGAAAAAUGGACAAGUGUAAGGAUUUGAGCGAGUUUGAUAAGGGCCAAAUUUUGAUGGCUAGACGACUGGAUCAGCGCAUGUCCAAAACUGCAGCUCUUGUGGGGUGUUCCCGGUCUGCAGUGGUCAGUAUCUAUCAAAAGUGGUCCAAGGAAGGAACAGUGGUGAACCGGUGACAGGGUCAUGGGUGGCCAAGGCUCACCGAUGCACAUGGGGAGUGAAGGCUGGCCCGUGUGGUACGAUCAACACAAUAUUAGGCAGGUGGUCAUAAUGUUAUGCCUGAUCAGUAAAAUGUGAAUAAUCUUUCUUUCGAAUAAUUUGUGUUGAUUUCUCAGGGUACUGCCGAAAGUAUCACCACUAAACAUCUGUAUUCACUUUUUAUGCUUUUUAUGAGUUGCAAAUGUGCCUCUAGUAACCACUUGUGUAUUUUGUAACUAGGCCAAUGCCACAGUUGAUUUGGUGCCCCCUGUCUGUUAUCUACUAGCCACAAAUUUUAAUUUUCACCAUUUAUCUACUGUUUUAUAUGAGAAGAUUUAAAUCAUGGGUGGACAAAUAAAUCGAUUAGCAAGCGCACCAGGCCAGUAAUAGCUGUCAAGCUCAUGCUUUUACAUAAUAAUGUAUGUCUAGCUAAGUGCACUAAUACAGACUGUAUGAAACCCUGUACUUGCUUUAGUCCUUAUCUUCUCCACAUUGUUUGCAACCCUGACAGAAAGUCUCUUCUGGCAUUGUGAGAUAUGCUAUGAGUCUGGAUAGCACCUUAAUUUCCUCUCGAUGUGUUUAACGCCUAGACUACUGCGUGCAUUAAGCAGAGGUAUCAUGUGACGUGAAGUACAUUAAGUAAGGUUUAUUUCCAUUCUCUGGAUGUCCACCAGGUAAAUGUGAAUAAAAAAUAGCAACAUCCUGAACUUGUAUCUGCUGUCUAGCAAAUCGAGGCUACCAUUUGAUCCAAAAAUGUAUGUAUGCAGCUGGAAAGAUAUCUUGUAUCUAUAUUUUUUCUGUUUUGCAGAAUCCUGCCUCUGCACAGGCUAUAAGAUGCGAGAUCUUAGUCAUAGGUGUUAUACAACAGUCGUUUACUCGCUGUUACUCCCAAUAUCGCAGUAUGUCAGUGUAAUGCUUACUGAGAAAUCGUAGUGCCUAACUAUUGACUGAUGCAGGUUGACAAUCUAAAAUGAUCUAAUGUGCCAAAAUGUGUUAUUUAAUAACAGGACAAACAACAUGCCCCAAUGUAAUUCCCCUUUAAAAAGAACAAUUUCAGUUUAGAUGCAAGGUUUUCAUUCGUCCUCUCUAGAGCCGGAUUUUACAGACCAUCUGAACUCAGCUCUUAUUAGUAGCAGCAGAGUUAAAGGGAAAAAUAUCCUGCCUUGUGUCUAUCCUGUGCACAGCACAGCACUUUUCUCUCACAUGCUCCCAUCUGGAAUAUUCCACUCUGUUAAGGCCGUUGGUGUCUGGAAGCCUGUAAACACAGCUGCGUGUCUGAAGCUCUCUUAGCAUCACAGGAUUAUCACGAAACUACAUGUAUAUAAGGACUUAAAUAUAUAACACUCGCUGAUGGUUGCUGAUUAAACCUUACACAUUGCCCAGUUGCGUUAUUUGUUUUUUUUUGCGUGUGUGUAUGUUUGUAAGUAAUGUGUGUUUUAUGAUUAUUGAAUGAGAGUUUUAUGUAAAAAUGUAUGUGAUCUUUAAAAGACUUUUGUGUGUGAAUAUAAACUUCUGUUUAUUUCAAGAUCGUAUAUAAAGUCUGGCUUAAUGAGCUUAUAUUCUGACAGUAUAAUGAUCAUUAAAUGGUCAAAUGGU